AUGACCAAGAAAGAGCUGGUUGAGCCCCUCACGUCCCUGUGGCUGGCCCUGGUGGAGGUGGAGCUGAGCCUCUUUGACAACGACAAGGUGCACUUUGUCAACGUCUUCCUAUUGUGCACGGCCGUGUCCAAAGGAAGCGGCAUCCUGCAAGACAUCAGGCAGUGGACCACGACGCCCGCUGGACUGCUGUACGUUUUCAAAUUGUUCCUGCUUCGCCGUGGCAAGAAUGAGUCGUGCUGGCUGCAAAAGCGGGGCGGGCUGAAAACCCCCGACGACGAGAAUGGCAUUCACAAUGCCGAGCAGGACGACGAAGAUUUGCUCGCCGACGAGCUGGAUGAAGACCACAUGAGCCACGACGAGACGAUGACUUUGCGACGCGAGGUCCGGGACGCUCGAAACCACUACAACAACAGCCACCUGCUCUUCAACAUUGCGCCCCUGCAGACGAUGGUCAGCCCAGCUACCAUCUAUGCGGCAUUUCGUCGACAAAUGACCACGUACCUGCAUCGGCCAAAGCUGGGGGUGGCCACGUGGCGACACGCCGCAACCUUCUGGAUGACGACGUUUGUCAUUAACCGACUGUCGGCCGAGACGACCGGCGCCCUGGGCAGCCUGAUCCACACUCAAGCUCAACACUCUGGGGACACGGCCCAGCGGGCCUAUGCGCGCACAGCCAGUGACCAUGUGCAAACCAAAAUGUCGUCGCGACUGAUGCAUCAAGUGGCCUCGCAAAAAUGGCAUGCUUUGUUUGGACUAGAUCGCAAGCGCAGCAUAGCCGAGUUGACCGCGAACCAAGAAGCAUUGGAAGCUCGCUAUCCCAUCAGCUGGAACCCGGUGACUGACCUCUCGCCCGAGGCAAACGGGCGUAUCAUCAUGAACACGAGGGCCGAGCAUGACGUACCCUAA